UCAGUGCAGAUAGGUUCUGUAGCAUGGGGGGUUGCUCGAUGAUUGGAGGGGGCGGUGCAAUCGCUGUAGUCUUGAGGGGUUUCUGGCAAAGCUUACAAGUUAGCCUACAAGUCAUGAAAUUCAUCUCGUUUCACUGUUCUCUUUCUGGCUCAUUGUCCCUGUCCACUCGUCUUUUGUUUCUGAUGUAGUCAUUAAGGGGCGGAUACUGGAGUUGUUGGAGGACAACAACUUGUGCAGCUUGGAGUAGAUGGUGGGUGAUUCUGGCUUUCUGUGAGGGACUAUAAUUUUAUGUGUCGAAGGAGAAAAGGCACUUAAGGUACAUUUCCAAUACUCCAGAGUGGUGGAGAGAUGGUGGGAGUCUAUGCGAAAUCUCCUGGCGGACGCGCUGCGACGCGCCGUUCUAAACAUUUCCUGGAAGACAGGGUCGGAAGUAAGAGGAUUAGUCCGGCAGCUGUAGUGCAAGGUGAUACGCCUUUCGACUCCUUUGGACCUAUUGAAGAGCCAGAGGAGCCUUCCGAGAUCGACCAACCAGUGCGGUGCCCGCAACCAGAGCCAAACAUUAUGGAGGACGGGAUACUGUGGAGGGCACGGAUAGUCGCAAGUCUUCGACGCAGGAAUGACAUUGUUGCAGCAUCCAAGGAACGAGAUUCUGUUUUCCGUGGUGGGAGUAUUCCAACCCGGAGAACGCAGGGCCGGUCCUUGGAGGAGAAAUUCUUACUCGUAGCACACAGUGCACCCGAAUACGAGGUCAGGAAAUUUCUCGAGUAGAACCCGAAAAUUAUCAGAACCUCUGGUUUCUUGAGGUGCAGGUCUCAUAGAUGCAUUUGUAAUAUAGCUCGGCUUUAUUGCCUUCUGAAUUUCAGAUCGCUGGUUAGCUAAUGUAGAUCAACAGUUCCAGAUGUAACGAGUGUAGGAUGAGAGAUCCUUAACCAGAAGACUUUGGUCGGUUUACUCUGCUCCGAAGCAGACUGUAAACCUCAAAUAGAUGUAUUUCAGCUGAAUGUUAACUUGGCUGUUUCACUUGCCAGCAAGUACUGUGCAAAGUUAGAUAUAGAAUUACCUACUUAUUCAGAUCUUCAAGCCUGCUAGAUGUUAUCGGUCGCCUUCGUUUCUGUUCCAUCCCGAACAAAUAUGCGUGUGUUGUUUUCCAUGUGGUCACAAUGUUAAAUUUUAUUGCGUAUCUUGAAUGUGAA